AUGCGAUUACACGUCCGAGCAAUACACACGCCAGAAGUGAAAUACAUGUGCGAAGUGUGCGAUCGUCUGUUCAAAACGACAGCGGAGAGAAGACAUCACAUGACUCGAAUGCAUAUGAAGGAGCGUUUGGUAUGCCGACACUGUGGAGGAAUGUAUUCGGGUAGAUCUGUCCUUAGUCGUCAUAUGAAAGUGUGUAAGGGGAAAUAA